GGCUGUUGCUCUGCGUAAACGACGAAGAGCACGCAGCUGGAAUCAAAACUUCUACCAAAGUGCAUCAACACGGGCGAAAUUUUACAACAAUGUUUUACAAGUGGUGUGUGCUGGUGGCAGCAGCGCUGAGCGCAUGGACAGCGCACGGGGCCGUGAUUGCGAACGACGAUUUGAAGGAGGCCCCAGAGGCGGGCGCGGAGGUGGGGCUGCCGGACCAGGAGACGCGGCCGCAGGUGCAGGAGGCAGAUCAGCUGUGCUUGGGCGGCGGCGGCGGCGAGGGAGAUAACGCGGCCGAGCUGUCUCUGGAGAGCGGCCUCAACGCCUCGGGCCACUGGCUGGCCAAGGUGCGUCUGCAGCACGUGAUGGCGCGGCCGGGAGAGGACGGGGAGCAAGGAGUUCAGUCCCCGGUUCAGCUGCAGAUGCGGCGUUCCACGCGGCGCGGCCACGGAGAUUCGCGCCUCGUCACUCUGCAGGCCACGCUCACAGGUCCGGCAUUCUCAUCUUCAUUCCCUGCGGGAGCCUCUGCCUCAUCACUAGACCACCGAUCGGGGGCCAAUGGGAGCUUGCUCUGCCCUGUCUGCCCCACGCUCCCGCCCAACAGAGACGAGCAUCCACCCCCCUCGUGCCCACCCCCUGCACCAUGCCCCUCGUGCGCCACCCCUCUGCCUCUGCCGCCCACGCUCCCCGCGUGCCCUUCGCCCUGCCCUUCGCCGUGCCCUGCGCCCGCCCCUUGCCCCGUGUGCCCGGCGCCCGCGACUCAAGCGCCCAUCACCUGCCCUUCACCCUGCCCCUCAUGUCCAGCGUGCCCCGCCCCCUCAAAAUGCCCAUCGCCCUGCCCCACUCCGCCGCCCUGUCCAGCGUGCCCGUCGUGUGCGAAGCCCACUGCACUCGGUUACGAGCGUCACGCCGGACUCGGCGCCUACCGCGUGCAUCUCACACCUCUCAACUGGCUCGAAGCGAAGGCUACGUGUGAACGAGAGGGGGCACAUUUGGCCGUCAUUAACUCACAGGAGGAAGCGAACACCAUUGCGCGCAUUCUCGCAAGUCAACCAAUUGCUGUGAACUACGUAUCAAUGGGAUUUCACGACUUAUUCUCUGAGGGAGACCAUUACACCGUGCUAGAUAAACCAGUUAAAUUGUCGGGAUACAACAAGUGGAACAACGGAGAACCAAACAACCUCGACAACGAAGACUGUGGUGGAUUUAGCGUGAGUAAUAUGGGUUACAAUGACCACCCAUGUAAAGAAAUACUUCCAUUCAUCUGUGAAAUGCCAUGAGGAAAAACAAGUGUUAUAAUCAACUCAAGGUAUAGCAGACAAUUAUAUCGGUGCUUUAUAUGUGCGCUAACUUGGAACUGAUCUGAAUUCGGAAUAUUUCAAUUAUUUCAAUCAAGUACUAUUUGAAAGUUGAGUAAUCAUGCGAAAAAAAAAUUUUAAUUUACACAACAAUAUUUUUCUUCAUUUGUUGAUAAUUUAUAAUUUCACAUCCCAAAAUUAAUAAUAAAUAAACUGUGAUCUCUAUAUUUCAAGAAUUACCUAAAAAUAGUUUCACUUAUCAAUGUGUAAUGUUUGUUUUUCAUGUGAACAGUGGCGACUCGUGGUCAUGCUAUUAGGUUGUGCACCGUCUUUCUUUUCGCUCCCUUCCUCCCCUCUCUCUUUCACACACACAUAAAUACACGCACAUACACACAUGCCCAUGCAUACAGGAAUACAUUACAAGCAAACGCAUUUAUUUAUUAUUAAAAAUAAUGACAAUUAAACACAAGGCAUCUUAUGAAGAAUGAUAGCAUAUUGAAGAGUUCCUUUUAUCAGUAGUUAGGGCCGCAUUUCUUUUCACGAUAUCUUCCAUUUCGCUCGGCGAGGCCCCCUCCGAAAUAUUUACGACUUGGAUCAGGUUACCGCGAGAUGACUCGAGAUGUUCCAGAAUCUGUGUCGCUUCAGUAAAAACUGUUUCUUUUCAGCAUUUUUUCUGUGA